CUAGUUCCCUCACUGCUAAAGGAACAGAAAACUGCUGGUACGGUCUGGUGCUUUUUCUCCUUGUUGUUGAGUUGCUAUAGGGCUCACAUACCUGGAGCAGAAAUUCACGGAGAAUCACAGCAUGAAGUGAACUCAGGUGGGGUCUCGCUAGACCAAAGUUAGAACAUCCCAAGCCUAAACUCUGAGUUAUUUCCCAGUAUGGAAGAGACAAAGAAUAAUUCCACAAAGCUGAGUAGAACGAAACAGCCAGUAAAAACAGAAUGGGGAGCCCAUUACAUGGUAUUGACCUACUUCCAAGGAGACACUAAUAGCAUGGUGGAUGAACAUUUCUCCAGAGCUUUGAGCGUCACCAAAAACCCGCAGGACCUGAGUAGAGACAACGGUGCCAAAGAUGGCCUUAUUAACAAUGAAAACCAUCAACCUUCUCACGGGUGGAGUCUUCCACCCCAUUGGACCAAGCCCUAUGGGGCAUCCUCCCCUUUGAACCUGUGCGCUUCGGACGAAAACCCAAUUGUUCCCGUGAUGGAUGUCUACCAGCCUUCCAUUCUCCAGGGAGCUUCUCCAGUGACCGCUGAGCUCUGGCCUUCGUCUUCUGGGGGUGAUCCACAUUUGACGCCAGUUUCGAGGUACCCAACCACUGAUCUGCAUAUGGCACAAGACGGCAUGUCGGAUGAGAAAUACGGUUCUCUGUUGGGCCUCCUGGAGCAGGAGAGAUGUUCUCGGCCCGUCCAAGAGCUGUUUGAUUCCCGAUCAGCUUGUCUUACGGAUUCAGCUGGGUUGCAAAAUAUGAGCCAGAGGUAUCCCUGCUAAUGGCCAAUUUGCACUUUUAAAACAAAUGGACCCAUUUGCUUAUUAUUUUAAGACUUUCUGAGGACUUCGCAGAGCUGCAGAUUAAGAAAAGCAGUCAAAUGGUAAUGAACCGCCAUUUUCUCUCACCAGAUUUUUUUUUUUCACGUGCUUUUCAUUUUCGGAAUGGGUUGAAGGAGACGCUCGCCCAUCUGCCCAACGGCGUGCAAAAAUCCAGUUUUCUCAUGGAAAACCUCCCCGUCUCUAGUUUUCAAAUCCAGCUGAAAUUGGGUCCCCUCUGACUUCCUGGGGUCUCCUCAUCUUGGAGGUCUCCAAGACCCUUCAUCCAGGACCUUCGGCCACUCUUUAGCCUACAAAUGUUCCAUCCCGGGUCGCCUGUUGUUUGUUUCUGAACCGAAUCUCAGUUUAGAAACAAUAUAAAAAAUAGUUUGAGCCGGGCUGGCAAAAUUGCCACACGAUGGCAGCAGAUCUCAGAAUGUGGCCACAUCCUAGGCUGAAGCUCACACCCUCCACCAGGCCCUGGCGUGGAACGAUCCAGGCUGCAGAUGCUAAACGAAGGGCCUUCUUUAGAACUGACCUAAAUUUUUGCCAUUGGGAAGCUGAACUCAAUGAGCGAGAGAACAUCCCAUGUACUGUAAGAGAAACUGAUGGCUUUCUUCUGUCCAAACCAUUGUUUUUGACACACACACACACACACACACACACUUGUGUGGAUUCUGCUCUUGGCAACCGAAACCCAAAGGGUGUUGCUCAUAUCAAGUACAUCUCCCUCCCUCUUCACAAGAGCAGUCGGUGUUAGAGGAGGAAGCUUAUGAUGUGUCCAUUGAGGGCAAUCUUGUCUAUACUGGUCCACCACGGCUUCUCAAGAGAAGAUCUCCCGUUAUUCACCAGGUGACCCUUUGAUGGCUGGGCAGGUUGGGUAGUGCGAACCUAGCCUUAUGUUGUGACCCAGGCCCAAGUAGGUAGUAGGAAACUCAGUCACUGUAAAAACAAACAAACGUUAUUGGAACAGCUGAGAAUUAACUCAUUCUCAGCGUAGUCCAAACGAAAUCAAAGCAAAUUCCUCCCAACACAAUUCCUCAGCCCUAUCACCAAACUUGGUCUAAUUAGGCAAACUGCCAAAGGCCUUUCUUGGCAAAAGUUCAGAAGACGCCAAUAUGAAGCAAGUGCAACAAGACAAAGCUAUCAACAUUGUUUUCCGGCAAAGAGCCCAACGCCAUUGCUGGUCUUUUAAGCCUUAUGGGAGGGGCCAAUCAUCUCUUGGUCCUAACUCCCAAGUCGUCCUCUUUGCUUCAGCUGCUCUUGCCUUCUGGCAGCUCUUCUCAUGUGUGCAUUAGGAACAGGCUCCUCCUGUUCCUCUGCCUCACUACUGUCAGCCUCUGGAGGCUCUGGAGUUUGCACAUCACUUCCUGAUGGCCCUGGCCCCACCUCAGCCUCCGACGCCUUAUUUGGAUUGCUUUCCAGUCUGGAAACGUGCCGUGUGAACUUGGAGAAGGAGUCACCAAUUAAAGCUGAUGCAUUUCCUGAG